AUGCCGGGACCACUAACUCAAGCCAUCAGCCUAUUAGUGGCACUCAUCUAUGCAUGUUUCAUCUCCGUAGUCCUCCUGCCCAUAUUUCUUGCUUUCAACACGGUUCCAAUUCACCCGGGUGAGCUUUUUGGAGGUUUCCGAAGACUAAUUCCUACACAGCUUCCCGAAGAUGUUCCUGGCGCAGGAGAUACUCCGGAUGAUGAACUACCACAAGCAAGACGAGAGUGGAUAGUUUCUCGUCAUGAGAUCAUGAUGGGGAGAGAAUUUCAGAUUGCUCAGUAUCACGGCUUUCUUCAUCAGUUACACGAGCGGACUGCGAAUCGUGCGGCUAACAAUGGGCGAGUCGUUGCCCCUCUUGAAGUCAUCCAUGAUUCCAGUUCUGAGGAUGAGUUUGAUAUCUAUGAUUAUGACAUGAGCCUUCCUUGA